GUGGCUACCGCCGCUGGCUCGGUGAGUGGCAGUCCCGUGUCCGCCGCCAUGCUCGCCUGUCGCCUCCGCACCUGCUUAUUCGCCGCGCUGCUCGUCGCGUUGCUCGCCGAACAUGCGGCAGCCGCCCCACGAUCGCGCCGACAGCUUGCGGAUGACAACACGUUACAGCCAAUUGAUGAGGAGAAUGAGGAGCUGGAGCGGGAGAAGCGGAAGCUGGAGGGUGUCACACAGGCAAAAUAUACUGUCAAGAAUGCACUGCUCGGCUUUGUGUUUGGUAAACUGAACUCGUUCAUCGACGCAAAAACGCGACUGGUAGAUACACUGGACAAGAAGAAUAUCGAGCUCAACAAGCAAUACGGUAUCGAGCCGCCACAGAACGGACUAGCGUCACUAACAGGCGUGGUAUCGCAGGUCGUAGGGCCUAAGCUACAGUUCCUGGCACCUAAGCUGCAGGCGGCAUCAGGUCUCUUGGGAGGGCUAUCAUCGGGAUCUAGUGGCUCCGGAAGCUCCGGCGGCGGCUCAGGUCUGGGCUCCAUCCUUUCACUGGUCACGUCACUAUCAGGCUCCUCAUCAGGUGGCGCUGCGGCUGGCACUGUUGAAACAGUUGACUCCGACGAGGACGAUUCUGUUGGCGGUACGUCGCACCCCCCGCCCCCAUCGAACACAGGAAAACUCACUUCGGUGAGAACAGGGCUCACAUCGAAGAUACCAGAGCCCAUUUUGAGGACGGGAGAGCCCACUUCGCGCGUGGAAGAGCUCAGUUUGACUCAAGGACACCCCACGUUGAGGCAGCGGACUUGGGUCACGAGCCCGGGUGGUGGCACGGCGGAAGUCAGACAACAGAGGCAGGCCACGAAGAGUUCCGGGGAUAUCCCAGUGUUCGACCGGAACAAGGUCAGCCUGGAUCUGCCGGGGAGCCUGUUUGGGCCUUCCGUCUCACUCCUCAUCAACACCACUAAGAUCAUUGGGAGCGUAAUACAGAACUCAGCGGUUCGUUACCAGACUUUUCUACGCUUAUUUCGACCUCUGUUUCGCGGGCCAUUCGAAAUCAAAGGUCUUGAUCCCCCCGCACCCACUACUACCACCACAACCCUUCCCCCGCAACGGGAAAACGAGGUGCGUCGGUGACCUCUUUCAAAAUAAAAAUAGACUCGUCUUUAGAUUGUAAGUGUCACCGAUUAGCGAAAUAAGUCAGAUCAUUAGCUAAUUGUUCACCAUAAUAAUAUGAAAUUUAUAAAAACUUAAAUCAUCAUAUAUAAUUAUUUCCUCAAAU